CUGUCAGUGAGGUUAGAGGGGGUAAGAAUUUUUCAAAUCGGCGACUGCCAUUAAAACAACCUUGUAAAUGCCCAAAUCUGUGCAUUAGUGUUAUUACAAAUGUAACGUGUGACAUUGUUGUGGGAAAAUCAACAGCCGCGAUCCCAUCCAAACUGUACAGGCCAGUAGUGUCUGAACUCGAUUAAAUAGUGUGCUGUGAUAAAGCGAGCAAAUGGCGUUGAAAAGAAUCCAAAAGGAAUUGACAGACCUACAGAGAGAUCCACCAGCCCAAUGUUCAGCAGGACCUGUUGGAGAGGACUUGUUUCACUGGCAGGCAACAAUAAUGGGACCAAAUGACAGUCCGUAUCAAGGAGGAGUUUUCUUUCUUACAAUUCAUUUCCCCACAGACUACCCCUUUAAACCACCAAAGGUCGCAUUCACGACAAAAAUCUACCACCCUAACAUUAACAGUAAUGGUAGUAUUUGUCUGGACAUCCUGCGAUCUCAAUGGUCACCUGCACUUACUGUAUCGAAAGUCCUGUUGUCCAUCUGCUCCCUGUUGUGUGACCCGAACCCAGAUGACCCGCUGGUACCUGAGAUUGCACAUACAUAUAAAGCAGACAGAGAAAAGUAUAACAGACUAGCAAGAGAAUGGACGCAAAAGUACGCAAUGUGAGUUUGCCUGCAUCAAACACUUAAGAAGCAAACGGACAGAAAAAUUUGUUUUUUACUUUUAACAAGAGGAGUGAAUGUUGAGGGGUGGGGACAACUAAACAACAAACCAUCGGAAGGGAGACAGAAGGCAGAGGUGAUGAGAUGAGAGCCGCUGCUGUGUGCUGAAACUGCUGUCAUGUGCUGUUCUACCAUACCCGCCGUCAGAACGGCCUAGCCUGGAAAACUCCUGGCAAACUGUAAAACCGGACAAACCUCGGGGUACCACAACCCAGGAAAUUAGACUUGAACUACUGUUAGUUCUACUAUUAUUGUUAUUGUGAUUUUCUCCGUGCUACUGUUGGCAUUCUUACACUUGUCAUCUCCAUUUGUCAAUGUGCUCUUAUCGAUGUCACUUUUAUGUUUUCCGAAUGAGGAAUUGUUGGGCUGAAGUUGGAAUGCUGGUCUUAACUAUUGCCCAUCAGAUUUGGAGUUCCAAAGGAAAGCUCUGUUUUGUGUACACUCAAAUUGAAAAUUUUGUCUAUUCAGGUUAUAACUUGAAUAAAGCAGGUUCAGUUUAAAAUAGAAUGUAAACAAGACAUUUAAAAAACAAUUAUUAUGGAUUACCAAUUUGUGUCUGCCUUCCAACUUUGUGCCAUGCCAGUGUUAUUCCAUAAAACACCUCUAGAUGUGAUCAAGAAACUAAAGUUUGUAUUCCUUUUAGAGCAAAUGUGAUAUAAUUUUUGUUGAAAAAUUAGACAUAAAUUGUGUUUAUUAGGUUUUAAUUAUAUCUCCUAUUGACAUAUUCUUCGAUCAGUCUGGAGUUUCCGUUUCAGUUGUAACCGACUUUGACGCUCAGCCGCAUGUGCAUGAUAUGGCAGAUGUAUAAGUAUUUGUUUUGGUAAGUAUUGUAAAGUUACUUUAGGGGCCGUUCAAACCAAACGUGUUCUUGCGCUAAAAAAGUGACAUGGAUAUACCCACACUUUUUGUUUGUAAAUGUAUGAAUUUCCAUACGUUUAUUUCACCCACAGUAAAAUUAUGUUUUCUUCUACCGAAAACAGAGUCCAAAAU